GUCAUUUCCGUUUUGAUUAAAAUCGUCAACAAAUAGAUUCUAAUUAUUUUAUUAUUUGAAGUAGCCAGACAGAAGAAAAGAUUUCCAUUCCAUAAUCUUCAAAAUCGUGUUUCGAAGAAUGUAGAUUACUGAAUACUGAUUCUACACACUCGACACUUGUAAUAAAUCUACGAGAGCUCCUACCUAUGGCAGUGUAUUAUGUGUGGGGGUAAAAACAACAUUAAAACAACUAAACAUUGUGAAAUAUCUGUCUAGGAAAUAAAAAAUGGCUGCUAAUGAUGACUCAUGGCCUGGUCAGCUGAUCCACCAAGCAGCCAUCUACAACAAUGUAGAUCUUCUGCAGUGUCUGCUGCAGGGUGAGGAAAAAAAGAACAUUAAUGCUCAGGAUGUUUGUGGGAGGACUGCACUGUACACAGCUGUCUCUAAUGGGUCUGUGCAAUGUCUGGAGCUGUUGCUUGAUAAUGGAGCGGAUAUAAACAUACCUGCUGGUGCCAGGUGCCACAAUAUGACCCCGUUGCAUGAAGCAGUUCUGGACAGCAAACUGGAUGCCUUAGCCAUACUCCUGGCAAGGGGUGCCGACAUGACAUCCAUGGAUGUCUCAGGAAAAACACCCCUUGCCCUAGCCAAGUACAUGAAAAACAGAGAAGCCAUUGAUAUUAUUGAGAGAGAAAAAGAAAAAAAGAAAGGAUUACUUGACCAGUUAUCAACAGAACUGUGUGAAGCUUGCGCUGAAGGAAAGCUGGAAGAGGUGAAAAGAAUUCUUGAACAAAGUGGGCCUAACAGGAAACAUGUGAUCAACAUGACCACAAAAGGUCUCUCGCCAUUGGGCAUAGCUUCAAAAUGUGGGUAUGCUGAGAUACUGAAAGUGCUGCUGGAGGAAGGGGCCAAUUGCACAUGUCAGAAGGAUACAGGCUUGACCCUGCUUCACUUGGCCUGCGAAUCUGGGAACAUUGAGGUCAUGAAGGUGCUUUUACAGACUCACCCAGACUUGAUGCAUGUGAGAUCAGUAGAGCACCAGCUGCCCCUGCACUCUGCUGUAGUCUCCAACAAGAUCGAGGCCGUCCAGUUUCUGCUGGACUACACCUACCCAGCCGGUCAUCUUUUAACCUUCACCGACAGCGUGACGUCACUAAUCUACCAGACAGGGAUUGACGUCAACGCCCAGGAUGCCAUGGGGGAGACAGCGCUUCACAUUGCCUGCCGCAACGGUCACCUGGAAAUUGUGAGGCUGCUGAUGAAUUACGUCAUCAAGGUGGAGAUAGAAAAAGACAUGCAGAAGUCGCAGUCGCUGAUGUGUGACCUGGACACAAGUUUUGACGAGGACGAAUUAAACGCCAGCGCCGAUUCCAGUGAGGAGGAUUACAGCCCCAACCAACCCAACCCUCCCCCACUGAGGGGAAACAGAACUAAAAAGUCCCAUCAUACCAUACAUCCGGUUGAUAUGAAUAUACUAAACAGCGAUGGUCUGUCGUCUUUUCACAUGGCUAUCAGACACAAACGGGUUGAGGUGUUGAAGGUCUUACUCAACUGCCGUAAGCCGCCUGCGAAUAAGUUGAAGAUAAAGGACAUCGAGAUGUCUGUGUUGAUGUUUGCCUAUGAACAAGGCAGCGUGGAUGUUUUGAGGAUUUUACUCAGCAAUGGAUUACGUGAUGAGGAUGACAAAGUCUUAAACUCAGCCUUUUUUUCUCAGGAUCACACAGUGAAGUGGCUGCUGCUUAGCCACAAGUCAAGUAAAGACCAAGGGCUGGGGCGCAACAUCAACAAGACAGAAAUGAAACGUUUGGCCUAUCAGAUCUCACAGAGACACGAGGAAAACCUCACCUCCAUCGACCCAGAGUUCCGAUUCCGUUACCCGACAGUGCCGGUCGCCAUCAUGUGGGAGGGGUUAGGGGUCCUGGAUAGGAUGGACACUUCCUGUUUGGUCAGCUCAUGCUACUUACACAACCCUUCCAUGAACAAAAACCUAGAAAUGGCACUGUGCCUGUGUGCCAUAACCAAGGUGGACAUCUCUAAAAACUCUUUUGAAAAGUUCCCUGUUGUUCUUCUGGAACUUCCCUCACUGGUCUACUUAAAAGCUUCCAGAAAUCAAAUUGAAGAAAUCCCGGAAGAUUACACAAUUCUAUCUUCUUCCCUCGAAGAGCUGCAUUUAAACGAAAAUAAACUCAAAAGCUUGCCAAAGUUUAUAUUCCAACUUCCGCAGUUAAAGUUUCUGGACGUGGCAGUGAACAAGCUUAAGGAGUUACCUGUGGAGGUGUGGGACGCGCCGUCCCUUGUCAGCCUGAACCUGUCCAAAAACUGCCUGUCUGAACUGCCUAGUUUGACCAGAGAGAGCAUCGUAGCCAGGCAGGGUGGGUUCAGAUCCCCCAGGCUUUCACACAACUCCCCGCACAGGCCGUCUUUUUCUAGUUCUGUUGGAAGUUUUGAUACGGAGAGUUACCAGCUGGAUGUAGGGGAGGAUGACUUCAUUAUGGUGGCCCCUAAUGCUCUGAUAGAAAACCAAGUGAUGCGUGUCAACAAGUGGGGACUGGGAAUUACUGUGGAAGACAGGGACCCUUGGAAGGGCAGUAACUCCCAACCUUCAGGCCUGAAGCAGUUAUGGCUCAGCACUAACAAGUUCACUGAAAUACCAUCUUGCCUGAUAUGCUGUGCCCCUAAUCUAGAGGUCUUAGUUAUGUCAGAGAACCCUCUGACCUCUAUUGGAAACAUUACUGAUUACCCACCAUUUCUCAUUGAACUUGACCUUUCCAAAACUAACCUAACAACAAUGGAUCCCUGGAAACACCCAGUUGAUCUAUUUCAAGAUUGGUCUUGCUUUGCACCAAACAAUAUAUCAUCUUUCAACAAAUAUUCCUCCAUGACCAUGAACGGCAACAGCCCUAAUGCAAGUAAGCUCACACGCAGGAGCAGCAGCAACAGCAGCUUCCGCAACCGUCGCCGAGCGUCCCCCUCCCCUAGUACCAGAGAUUCCUUGUUUGUCCCGUGCCUACAUCGCAGCCACACCACCCUGGCCAAGCUGGAGAAGCUGAACCUGGCGGGGAACAGGCUGACCAGUGUCAUUCUCACACGCGACGCCUGCCGGGACGGAGAUACUCGCAGUACUUGCAGUAUGGAAUCUGAAGAAAUCCAAAGCCGUCUGCUCUUUCCUCACAUAGUAGAACUCAAUUUGUCCAGUAAUCACCUGUCAAGUUUACCUCCUGACAUAGGAGAGCUGUCAAGUCUGAAAAUUCUUUCUCUCACCCGGAAUAUCAAGUUAAAAGAACUGCCACCUAAACUUGGGCUUUUAAAAAGUUUGUGGAAACUGGAACUCGACUUUUGUCCACUUGAUGGCGCCAUACAAGACUUCCUGCUGAACUCCAGGUUUCCUGUCAAAGAUAUCCUUGGGUUUCUACAGUCUGUGCUAGAGGAAUCAACAGAAUAUAACUGCAUGAAUCUGAUGCUUGUGGGGUUCCAUAAAAUAGGAAAAACAACUCUACUACAGAAACUUGGUGAGAAGGGCAAAGUGCGCUCCAAAGCCACUCACUGGAGAGACAGAGUAAACAGAGAAGAGUUGAGGAAACAAGGGACACUACUCUCAACAGUGGGAAUAGACAUCAAUGAGUUGGUUCUUGAGAGAAGAACCAAAGGAAGUGUUGUGUUUAGAACAUGGGAUUUUGGUGGACAAAGAGAGUACUAUGCCACACACCAGUACUUUUUAUCCCCGCGGUCACUUUAUCUUGUUGUGUGGAGCAUCAUAGAAGGGGAGAGAGGGGUGGAGAAUCUGUUACAGUGGCUUGUCAACAUCCAGGCCAGAGCUCCAGGGGCCUCAGUGAUCAUUGUUGGCACUCACCUCGACAUCUUGCGUGACCGGUCGACUCGCCGCAACUACCCCGAUGAUUUUGAGGCAUCCAUGAUGACGCUGAUCAACAAGCUAUUUAUAGACAACCAAGAGCCAGACAAGAGUGGGCUGCCUAACAUCCUGAGGGCCAUCAAUGUGAGCUGCACCACAGGGGAGAACAUCAAGCUACUGGUCGACGUCAUCUACGACACUGUCUUUGAGCUGAAGCACCCACGAUCGAAGACCCAGAAUCUGGUCAGGCAGAAAAUACCUCGCAAGUAUCUCCUGCUGCAAACCAUCAUACGUGAAUUGGCCGUAGAGAGGAUAAAAGAUUGUAAGGAGCCUGUGCUCAACAGAUCAAAGUAUACCCUGUGUGUACAAAACAAAAUGAUGGAACAUGGAAUGACCUUCAGAGAUGUGGAAGAGCUGGAACAGGCAACACGAUUUUUACAUGAGAAUGGAGUUCUAUUUCAUUAUGAUGAUCUCCCUUUGCGUGACCUUUUCUUCCUUGAUCCACAAUGGCUGUGUGACCAGCUGGCUAAAGUCAUCACAGUUAAAGAAAUUAACAACUUUGCUCAGAGAGGUGUGAUGAGACUGAGUAACCUGGAGUUUCUCUUCAAGUCCAACACCUUCCAGCCUGAGCACAUCAAGGUGUACAUCACCAGCCUGUUGAACAAGUUUGAGGUGGCGCUGCAGUUUGACGAGGAACAUCUACUCCUGCCAUCCUUGCUGCCCACUGAGACGGAGCUCCUGGAGAUGGCGAGAAGAAAAAGUGAUGUUAGGAUUCCAUUACGCAAGCCAACAGAGUCCAGUGUUGGCCUCAGCAGAGAAGAUGCCACAUCAGACAGGACUGUUGAUCCGCUGCGCUCCAGUCGCAGUGGCAGACGUCUGGUGGAAGGCCCUCCCUCAGUGUUGCAUGUUGGGAGCUCUAUCUUCUAUGCUGGCUCUCAGCUUCUUGUAGCUGUGUCCUCUAACAAAGCUGAGGCCAACAGAGAAACUGUGACCCUGAGUUCCCUCAGGGACUCCUCCAAACUUCUGCUGCUGGCCAUCAAGCCAACCAGCAACCCCAUCUUCUCCUGCUGCAGACUCUACUUCCUCACAUACUUCCCCAGUGGAUUUUGGCCUCGUCUCAUCACCAGGGUUUUGGCUGAUGGCUCCAUCUACCAGAUUGUGAAAGAGUUGUUUCCCCUGCCCCCUGAUCUGAUCAGGAGAUCACCAGAGGUGAAGUCAUUGUCUGACAGAGAUCCAGAGUGGAGGUGCUGGCAGUCGGGGUUUGAACUUUUUUACCUGGGCUUUGAGAUGCUGAGAAUCAGAGAGGUGUUUUUUUCUACCUCUUCAUAUUUCUGUGAUUACAGUAAAUGCCGAAUUAAAUGCAGCAUUGACAACGAGUGGUCCUACCUGGAUGUUCUGAACAGUAAAAUUCUUGAGAUCACCUUCCCUACUGAUUCCUUGAGGUUUCAUGUCACUACCAAGGAUGGACCACCUUUACAGAAUCUUGACCUGUCCAAGCCAUCAAGCACAGUCUACAGAGAGGAAGUGUCCACCACAAAACUUCUAGUCAAAAUUGUUGAACAUGUGGACAACCUGCUCCAGGACUGGUACCCGGACAUUGGAGAGCUCCGAUUCAACCAGAACUGUGAAGGCAGGUACCUGGUCACCCGCAUCGUCCCCUGCCCGCAGUGCCUGAACAGGGAGGUGACCAGACAGAGGAGCUUCCAGGCUGACCAAAACUCUUGGUACUUCCUGAAUCCCGAGGUGCCAGACCUGUGCAUGCCUGUCCUGCUGCUGGACAACCAUCAGCCUGUGAGGGACAGAAGCGCAACUGUGAUUGGCGCUACAAGACAUUCAGCCGAUGAAGCUCAUAUUACAGCUCCCGUUACAACAAGGCCGAGAACUUUAACCGAGGGCCAGGCAUUUAUUUACAACAAAGGCAGUCCAGACGGAGAGGAAGUGAUAUUUUCCUGGCUAGUGGAGAGGUGCAUGCUGGAUGUUUUGGAGGGUGUUGAUGCCAUGUGUCCACGCCAUGGGUCAAUCUCCCCCCUGUACCUGAUGGGCAAAGAUGGGGUCACCCACCAGCUCUUCAUUGCUCCUGAUGUGGUGUUCCAGGACCAGUCCCAGAAUCUCUUGUUACCCAGCUCCACACAACUGGACAUUGGCAGCUGCCUAGGGAAAGGAAAUUUUGGGGAGGUUCAUGAGGGAUGGCUCUACAGAAAGGACAACUGCGGUCCUGACCAUGUGGCUGUCAAAAUUUUGUUCAGGCAGGUGCAAGCCAGGAAGGACAUCACAAAGGGUUUCCAUAGUUACCUAGAGAAAGCCUGCUCAGCUUAUUUAACUGCCAGACAAGAGGUUUCUAUCCUGAGUCAGCUAGAGCACCCCCACAUUGUCCCACUUAUGGCCCUCUGCCUGAAGCCAUUGUCUCUGGUCCUGACCCUGGCGCCACAAGGUGCUCUUGACACCAGGCUCAAGUUGAUGCACAAGCAUGGGGAGUGCUUUCCCUUUUUUGUUAUAAGGGAGAUAGUCAUACAGGUAUCCAGUGCUUUAAGCUACCUGCACUCAGUAAACAUCAUAUACAGAGACCUUAAGGCUGAGAAUGUUUUAAUAUGGGAGCUACCCGCCUCAGACGCCCAGCCUCGCAGCCCCAUACAGUUGAAGUUGGCUGACUACGGCAUCAGCAGGUAUGUCCUGCCCACUGGAGCCAAGGGAUUUGGUGGGACGCCACCCUUCAUUGCCCCUGAGAUCCUGCAACAUGCUGGGAAAGGAACUUACACCACAAAGGUGGACGUGUUCUCAUUUGGCAUGUUCCUGUUUGAGGUGCUGACCUGUAGAGCUCCAUUCAACAAUGUCAACAACCCAAACAACUUGAUCUGUCAAGGGGAACGACCCAGCUUAACUGUUCAGGAAGCAGAACAAUACCCCAGCUACAUGAUGGAUCUAAUAUCCCUGUGCUGGUCCCAGGACCCAGAGGACCGCCCCACCAUGGAGGCAAUUCUGGGCAUCGCCAGGUCCCCCCAGUUCUGCCACAUGCAUGAUGUAGUCAGCCUGGGCAUGGACAUGUCAGUCUACUCAGGUUGUGUUGUCACACCUGUCAGCCCCACCCCAGGAACCGCCAGUCCAAUAAUUCUAGGCCCAUCAGAUCACCCCACGUCUGCUAGCCAGACAGAAAUGACCCAGAUUUGGUUAAGUUCUAGUUUCCAUGGUAAAUCUGGCAUUGAAAUCUUCACCUUCAACCAGGCCAGGAAGGUUGAAAACUACAAGACUCUGUCACCAGCAGGCCCGCCUAUAGUGGCCAUGUGUGUCUAUGAUUGUUGUGUCUGGUCUGUCAACAGCAAGGGUCUCAUUCAAAUCUUUCACUCAGAGCAGCUUCAGCUGGUCCAUCAACUAGAGUUACCUGUCCCUGCCACAGUCCCCCUUGUCAAUUUCCUAGCCUUACAUCCCCUGCCCCAGCAGCACUGUGUGCUGGCCAUCUCUGCUGAAGGGACCAUCUACAUGUGUAAGGAAAUUAGCCAAGGCUACCUGCUGGAUGACCAGUCUGUGACCAUCCACAAAGUAGAGCCGUGUUUCUCAUCUGUGCUGGUGAACACAGCUGAAAGAUGUGAGUUAUGGCUGGGCCAGUGUAAAGGUGCCAUGUGUGUCUGGAACAUUGAGAGUCAAACCCUGGACUACUGCCUCAGUCAUGGGCCCAGAGUGGCCACGGCUACAUCGUCUGUUGCCUUCUUGGUCACCUUGUCUGGGACCUCAGCAGACUGCUCCAAUGUCUGGUCCUACAACUACCCUGGCUCUAUAAUUUGUAUGUGGGACACAAGGAAUCGCUGUAUUGCCAAAAAGCUAGACUGCUCACAGAUUGUAUCCACUGUGGACUCGCCAGUUCUGGCUACAUCAGAACACUUUGAAUGUGGUCAAGUAAGUGCCCUGUCCGCCAUAGACCACUACCUGUACAUUGGCACCACACGCGGCUCCAUGCUCAUCACAGAGGCCACAACACUCAUCCCCUUGUGCCUGUUCCAGUGCCACACUGCCCAGGACUUCUACAUCAAAGUUAUCCUCCCAGUGAAACCAGUUUCCACUGAAUCUGAGGCUGAAGACGCAGCUGACAGAAAAGAUGGGAGAGAGAAUGUGAAAAAUUCUGUGCCGGCCGUUGUUUCUGUUGGUAAAGGAUACACCAACAUUAUCAAGACAUUCCAUCCAACUCUAGAUUCAGGACCAGCUAAUAAAUUGGAUGAUGUUCGACCACAUAACGAUGCUGCAGCACAUAUUGACCCGUACGGGAAUCACACUUUUCUCCUCGUAUGGAACGCAACAGAUUGGGAGUUUUAUUAACAGCAAUAGUCGUUGCUCUUCCCCGUUGAUUGUGUCGACAUUUGAUGUGUUAUUUUUUUACAAGAGACACCAAUAUUUGAUACCUGUGAUGCUGGGCUGUGAUUAUUGGUGUACAAAAAUCAAAAUGUGUACAGAUUUUUUAAAAUAACAAAACUAGUGAUAUUAUAACCAGGUUCGGAUGGUUUAGCAAAAGAAAAGAGGCUUGAAAUUUUUUUUUAAAUUUUCAUUGUCAUUUCACAUAUGCUCGUUUAUUUUUGUGUUGUGAGUAAAUUUUUUAAAAAUACAUUAAUUUGUAUUAUUUUUUUAACAACAGACAAAAAAAUAUUUUUUUCAAUGGUUUAGGCAUUUAUACCCUAUCAUUUAAGAAUGUGUGAACUUUAUUUUUCAAAUGAACUCAAUAUCCCCAAAAAUUAAAUCAGGCCAUUGUGAAAUGAUCAUGACAUUAUUCUGGUUCAG